CAGUCAUCUUCUGCUAUGUGCCGCAGCGUGCCCGAGGUCACGCAUAUGGCGGCUAAACUCAAGGAGAACUGCUACAAGGUGCCUGGACAAGAGGCGAGCGAGCCGGCGCCUGUUGAGCCGCCUAAGAAGGUGAAAACCCGCAAGACGGAGGAGGUGAGCGGCGGCAACUGGUCGCAGGCGCAGCAGGCGGCGCUGGAGACGGCCCUAGCGAAGCACCCCAAGGGCGGCGCCGGCGACCGCUGGCAGAAGAUCGCCGCGGCCGUGCCCGGCAAGACCAAAGAGGAGUGUAUGCAAAGGUGUAAAUAUUUGUCGGAGCUAGUUAGAAAACAAAAGCAGAAGGCGGACGAAGAACAGCUAAAGGACACAGAAAACGAACCCAUCGAGGGUGACCAGACCGAUGCCAACUCUGAGUAAAGGCCCGCCCAUUGAGUGUUGCCAGUGUUGUUAUAUUUUUAACGAUGGUAUUUACAGCCUGCCAUAUCGACUGAAUAAGUCUACGAGUUUGUGGAUACGGAAAAAUAAAUUAACUAUCUUUAUAAUAAUUUACAGGAAUCGUGCUUUUUGAUGUACAUUUUCGUUGCUAUAAAAUAUACUUUAGCUAAUCUCUGAUUGAGGGUCCUACGUCCACGACUCGAUGUAUAAACGGUACAGUGUAAUAUGUAAAUUAAAUGUAAGUCAAUAAAUAGGGUUGUUUAUGUAUAUUAUAGCAUGGUACAAUAAAACAAGGUUUAGGUGUUUUAUGCCUAGAAGCACCGACCAUUAUGUCGAUAAGGUCUUGCUAUGCUUGCUUCUUCUAUGUGCUAAU